AUGUCUGCCCUAAUCAAUCUCGCCUGGACCUGCCUGCUGCCUGUGCCGGAGCACGGGGCCUUCUCCGGCCACGAGCCGCUGCAGGGCUGGAUCUGCCCGCCGGAAAGCAGUUGCCUUCCUGGGCAGGCCGCCCAUCCAAAUGAUCUAAUCAGCUUGGUCAAGACGUCGUCGUCUCACUGCAAGGCUCGUCGUGAUUCGCUCCAUCAACCGAGCUCGAGAGGAGUACUUGUAUGGAGUACUCCGACUCGUCUGGAGUACUCGUCGAUCAACGUCCUACGUAGUAGUAACGGAGUACGGAGUAGACGAUUCGGAUUUCGGAAUGCCCUUGUUUUGCGCCAAGGGUGUAGCUCUCCACUUUCAGGCAACAUCUCGAUAACGCCUGACCCGCCUGCGCUAGCUCAAGCUCCUGUGGGGGUAGUAGCUCCAGCUCACUCUCAGACAGACACUACGGAGUAA